GUGAUUCACGGGCAGUGGACGUUGGGUGGACGCGUAUUGGGACAUACGUGGUUUGCGACGUUGGGUGACAGGAACAGUCCGGAAGGAAGAAUUUGUUGCUGUAAAUGGCGUUGGAACUGAAGUCCCUGGAACAUGACCACGUACAAAGUUUGUUGUCAGUGAAAUCAUUUGUGAGCCGGCACGUUGAUGGCGGCCGCAUGGCGGCAGAGCUGGCGCAUGUCCAGGGCCGGUCAGAGUCUGAGGACGCGGCAGUGACCGAGUGGUUGCGCUGGUGUCAGUCGCGGCCUGGCGUGCUGACCGUGGAGGCCGCCGUGCCCGCGACCAUCCUCAGCGGCGCCACCCUUGUCGACAUCAAGGUCGGCGGUCGGAGGCGUGAGCCGGAUGACAAGAUCUACAACCGUAACCCGGACAUCCGUCGGCGCGUGGCGCGCGGUAACUGCGUGCUGGAGCUGCGCGGACCCGGCGCAACGCACCGCCUCUGCCUCGUGCACGCGCUCAAGAAAUUCACCGGCGGCAUGGGCGACGAGGACGAUGAGACGGACGAUGGGGACGACGCCAACUGGCGGCGCUUCUUCCUGCAGCCAUUGGAGACCGCCUCACGACUGGUGCUGACGCAGAAGGCCAACGGCGAGGCGGCCCACCUCAGUGCGCGCUGGCUAGACGGCGCCUUUCUCCUGUGUGUCGGCUCUAAGAAUGUCCACAUGGUAUUGCGGCGCGAGGUGGACAUUGAGCUCUAUAGUGAGCCGCGUUACCAGGUGGCGCGCCAGGUGGCCGCGGCCCUCUGGCGCCACCUGGCGGCACUGGAUGACGAGCAGCGCCGUCACCUGCUCAGCUUCCUGCAUCACACGCGCUUCACGGCUGUCUUCGAGCUGCUGCAGCCCGACCACCAGCACGUAGAGGAUCUCUCGCACUUGGAGCAUGCCGAGCUGCGGUUCAUCACCUGGACGCUGUCAUUCGACCCUUCCAGCGAGCCGGCCACCUCACUGUGCAGCUGCCCACCGGAGCUGGCCUUCCGCCUGGCCGAGAGCUUUGGCCUGAAGACCGUCAGGUACUCCGUAGUGACUGAUAAUAUUGAAGAGGAGCUCCCAGACAUUAUGCUGCGUGUCAGGAAGGCACACGGCUUCGAAGGCAAGGUUAUAUUCUUCGUAGACGACGACGGCAACGUCAUCGGAAUGCUCAAGAAGAAGACUGCGUGGUACAUCCUCCUCAGGGCUUUGAGGGAGAAGUUGUGCUUCGCGCUUGGCAAAUUCCCGUUCGCGGAGUUUCGGUCAUUGGUCGAGAAGAGGUUCCGCGCAAUCCAAGCGUGGUUGGGGCUAGACGAUGCGUUCGUCGAAAACUGGAUUGAGCUCGGCAUGGCCUUUGCUAAAUGGUGCAAGGAUCACGACUACGACACUGAAACGCUACGAACCAUGCUACCGCCACUUUGGAGCCAGUUCUUGCGCAAGAGCGGUCGGACGGACCACUUUGAAGCACACAUAUCGUAGCUGUUGGCUGAUGCUGUUUUGGUGAUUCGUGUGGGCGCGCCCGGGGAGGCAUCUACAGUGUCUUUAUCUGGUUGUACGGGUGUUCAGCGAUGUCGGUGAUCAAUUUUGCCGGAGCCUAAGCCGCUAUAGUCAUGAGGUUUGAUCUGGAGGAUGCACCCGCCGCUUACCAAGACGUGAUUUCCCUCUAUAACCCCCUUUAUGAUUGGCUUGCGACCGAUUAUUUUAGCUCUGUAGCUGUGCCAUUCUGGCUUACGAAGCAUUUAAUCAUUACGUAAGCUGAAACAUGACUCAGUUGUGCCUAUAUCUUUUUUACACAUUUCAUGGUGUUACGUGUAUGCGUACGUGGUUGUGUCGUGUACAUGCGUGCAUUUUGUUGUGACAUCCAGCGAAAUAUGGCGCUAGGCACUUCUCAGUGGUAUAAUGUCAUGUCAUUGAUUUAUCGAUGCGUGCAAUAGUGGAUUACACAAAGACCGAUUCUUGCGUGGUUGUUUGCCUGGCUGUCAAACUGUUUCGUAGUAUAAUACAUGUAUUAAGCUCAGUAACAACUUUUUGAGCUCUUCCGUGACGAAGACAAAACAGGAUGCGCUGGAAAGCGUGGCUGUGCGGUGCGUUGAAACCAACUUCCAAGCGACGUAACAUGUUUUGUUCUACCUGUACAAAAUUAGCACAAAGUUGCCUUUCGUUGCUUGCUUCAUCGGCACAUUGCAGGAUGCAUUGACAUUGGCUUCCUUGUUUUCGAAC